GACGCUGUUCUCUUAUAUCCAUCUGGCCACGACAACGAGCUGUGGGCCAGUCAGAACUUCCUGUAGCCUAGUCUAUCCACUCCCUGCUCAUUUACCCUUAUAGCAGCCAGCAAUCCUACCUACCUCUUCUGGCCACGAGGUCCAUCAUGAACGGCAAUUCGCAUUCUCACACCAACGGCAACGGCCAUACCAACGGCAAUGGCGCCGCUCCUCAUACCAGUGGCCACUCAGCAUCUGUUGCUCCUGAUUCAACCGAUCCGGAUGCAGUUUUGAUCGUGGGCGGUGGUCUAGCAGGUCUAGUGGCGGCAUACGAAAUCACAAAGGCCGGACGCAAAGUAGUCAUCAUCGAGCAAGAAAAUGAGGCCUGCCUGGGUGGUCAAGCAUUCUGGUCCCUCGGUGGUAUCUUCCUCAUCGACUCAGCAGAGCAACGUCGCUGUGGUAUUUCCGACUCGCUAGAGCUGGCCAAGCGAGAUUGGUACGCCUCUGCUGGCUGGGACAGGCUGGACGAUGAAGACGUGUGGGCCAAGAGGUGGGCGGACGCUUACCUCGAUUUUGCCGCGGGCGACAAGAGGAAGUAUCUGCGUGACCUCGGAGUGGGCUUCACUCCUGCCGUUGGGUGGGCAGAGAGGGGAGGUGGAGUAGCUAGUGGACACGGCAAUAGUGUGCCACGCUUCCACCUCACCUGGGGUACUGGCCCUGAACUUGUGCGUGUCUUCCGCGAACCACUACUGGUGGCCCACAAACAGGGCCUGGUGGAAUUUAGAUACCGACAUCAAGUCGAUGCCAUUGUUACGGAUUCGCAGGGCCAGGUCACUGGGGUCACAGGCUCUGUGCUAGAAUCCUCGGACGAGGUCGAGAGGGGCGCACCAUCCUCGAGGUUCGUUGUGGGACAGUUUGCUCUCAGCGGCAGGGCCGUUGUGGUCACAUCCGGAGGUAUCGGCGGCAAUGUCGACCUGGUCAAGGCAACCUGGCCAAAGGAGCGCUUCAGCGGUAGAGUGCCCGAGCAUUUCGUUGUCGGCGUGCCCGCUCACGUCGACGGUCGUAUGAUCAAGAUCUCAGAGGCUGCUGGGGCUCGCACGGUCAACAAGGACCGCAUGUGGCACUACACCGAGGGCCUGAAGAAUUGGAACCCAAUCUGGCCCAAGCAUGGUAUCCGAGUCAUCCCGGGUCCUUCGUCUGUCUGGAUCGACGCCAAGGGCAAGCGACUCCCACCACCUUGCUACCCUGGCACAGACACGCUCAGCACCCUCAAGCACAUCUGCAAGACGGGCUACGACCACACUUGGUUCAUUCUCAACAAAUCCAUUGCUCAGAAAGAGCUGGCUCUCUCGGGCUCGGAACAGAACCCAGACGUGACGGGCAAGAGUUACCUAGGCGCGCUGAGCCGCAUCAUCUGGGGUCCUGAGCCAGUCAAGAACUUCCAGAGGUAUGGAGAGGACUGGGUCACUGCCAACAAUCUGGAGGAACUCGUCGAGGGAAUGAAUGGCAUCGUGGAGCGUGAUCAGCGUGGUCCCAAGUUGGUUUUGGAACAAAUUCAAAAGGAGAUGACCGACAGGGAUCUACAGAUCGAACACCCCUACACAAAGGACACGCAGGUCAUGGUGAUCCGCAACGCCUGGAGCUACAAAGGGGAGCUGCGAUGUGUGAAGCCGCACAAGAUUCUCGAUCCCAAGUUCGGACCUCUGAUUGCCAUUCGUAUGAACCUCAUCACGAGAAAGACCCUCGGUGGGAUUCAGACUAACCUCGAUAGUCAGGUGCUGGGCCACGAUGGUGAGCCCAUCCCGGGAUUGUACGCUGCGGGUGAAGUGGCCGGCUUUGGAGGAGGUGUGGAGAAGAGAGAUGGCGCGCGUGAGAGUAGCGAAGAUGUUACUGACGAUCAUGUCCAAAUCUCCCUUCUCCCACAAUAGCUCUCUCGAGGGCACCUUCCUGGGCGGCUGCAUCUUCUCUGGACGACAGGCAGGUCUCGCCUUGGCCAGCAAGUACGGCGAAGCAGCCCCGACCAAGGCUUAACCCCUUGGCAAAGUAGUGAUGAAGGGCUUCCUCUCAGUCCUCUCCUCCGAUGCUCCGUGUUUCCCUUCUGGUCCAGCUCCCUCGCUUUAACCGUCAUUUUCUUCUGUCCUAUAUUUGCGCUUGACCUUUUGGCUGCUGCUGACUUGUACUAUAGUAUCGCUCUGUUUCUUCCUCUGCUUAAUGCUCAAAUCACACUUGUUCAAUCUUCAGUCCCAGCAUUGAU